AGUUAGCAUGUUAACGGUUGAACUCGUUGUAUUAUCGUAUUGACUGACAUAUCGAUUUAAGAAAAUAACUGUUCUAUGUUAAAUAAAGGAUAAAUAUGUAACUUCUCUUCAUUCACAAACUUUCAUGGUUGGCAGUCAUAACUAAAGUUAAUUGAUUUUUAUCUUACCUGCAUUUCACUUCAUAUCUUUACAUACAUUUAAAUGAGAGUUAAAGGUACUUACCAGUAAUUCAAAAUGUAAGAAUUUACUGAGAAGAUAAAAGGACUAAUAAACAAGACAAUUUUGUCAUUAUUUUUAACAAAUAUGACAGCACAAGAAGAUCCGUUCGAUUUUUUUUCAUAUCAUAUGCCAGAUGUAUCACGCUGGAAUAUUUCCGGUGGGUUUGAUUCGGAAAGACCAUAUUCGUCGUGUACGGAAAAUGGCAUUUGUAAAUGGGAUUUAAACUUUACCGAUGGUAAAACUCAAAUUGUGAACCAUUUCAAUGGGUCAAUUCCGCCGCUUCCCCGAGAAAUGACAUUUAAUGAUGAUAGUGUUCUUUCUGUGAUUGCAUAUUCUUGUCUCUUUGUGAUCGCUGCUACCGGAAACUUGACUGUUCUGAUAACUUUGUUAAGGAGUCGGACUAUUAAAUCACGUGUCAACACCUAUAUUAUGCACCUAUCUAUCGCCGACCUAAUUGUUGCCUUUGUUAUGUUGCCUUUGGAAACCGUAUGGAAUAUCACCGUUUCAUGGGAGGCAGGUGACGCAGCAUGCCGAAUCUUGAUGUUUUUUCGUGCUCUUGGAUUUUAUUUAUCUUCCUUUGUUUUGGUGACGAUAAGUCUUGACAGAUAUUUUUCAAUAGUGCACCCAAUGAGUAUUCAUGAUGCUGAACGCCGAGGCAAAUUAAUGAUAUCCUUAGCUUGGGCUCUUAGUGUGAUAGCCAGUCUACCACAGAGUAUAAUAUUCCAUGUAGAGCGACAUCCAAUUUUUACUUGGUACACACAGUGUGUGACAUUUGGUUUUUUUCCGACACCAAGACAUGAGCUAGCUUACAACUUGUUUAAUCUAAUCACAGUUUAUGUAACACCUUUGGUAAUCAUCACUACAUCCUAUUGUUUGAUACUUCAUAAAAUCUCAAAGAAUGCAAAGCUAGCUAAAGAUGAUUGCCUUGAAUAUGGUGAAUUUAAAUAUAGAUGUCAUACGUUUCCAGCUCAUCACUGUGCCCGAGCAGGAAAAAUAGGAAAAGCAAGAAUACGCACAUUAAAGAUGACGUUAGUAAUAGUUACAGUAUUUAUUCUGUGUUGGACACCUUAUUUCUUUAUGGCGGCAUGGUGGUGGAUAGAUAAGAAAUCCGCCCAGGCUAUCAACCCAAAGGUACAAAGAGGAUUGUUUAUAUUUGCUGUUUCCAAUUCGUGUAUAGACCCUAUUGUUUAUGGUAUGUUUACAACAGCUUUUAGACGUGAAGCACGGAAAUGGAGAGGUUGGUUUAAGAGACGACUUAGUGAAAUGGGCCUGUAUACAUUAACACCAAAUACUGCAAUAGCACAGGAGUUCUUCAAAUGAAUCGAAUAACAUUCUUGUGAUAUAUACCAUAAGUGUCUUACACAGAACUCUGAUGAUUUAUCAAUUGUUAACUUAUGAUAAAGAGUAAAAAAUCUAUUCUUUUUCUUACAAGUAUAUACAUACAGCAUUACAAAAACAUUUCUGUUUUAAAAAAAAAAAUUGUUUGUUUACAUUUUUACUAUUACUGACGCAUUUGCGUGUUAUAUUAUGUAAUGAAAGAUUCUUCUUCGAUGAUAUUAAAACAUGCAUUAUGCAAUACAUUAUUUGAUAAGCAAAUUAACAGAUUUCAGGUAACAACCAUUUAGCAUUCUUUAAAAUAUGUAAUGUCUUUAGUUUUUAGUGAAAUUAAAAAACCUACAAAACAAUGUAAUAUUAACAACUAUGUUUGUUUCAUAAUAAUGUGGUUACUGUUUGCAUAAUAUAUGCAUGACUCACAGUGUUAAAAUAUUUUAAUCUCUAGGCAAGUUUCUUUCAUCAGGGUAAAUUUGUC